AUGUUGUUCCAGGAAAAUGUGACCAACUGUGUUAGUUUUCAGACCAAAUUAACCUCCGUUAUGGAUGUGUUGGCCAAAGCUGCAGUGGCAGAAAUAAGUAAAUUGUUCGAUGAUGGGUUUGCUGUUUUACGCUUGGAAAUGUGCCAAAGAGAAAAUGAAAUUGAAGCCUUGAAAAGAACAUUGUUUAUGGAGAACGAACGGCAAGCGACGAGUUCCAAACUGCGAGAAGCAGGCAGUUGUUCCACAUGCUCUUCGUCUUCCAGAAGGACAGAACAGGGUGAGCCUGCGCGUGCUUGCUUGCUUACUGUACUAGCUAACUAGGUUUCGACUUAUCUAAAAUGUGUUGUUGUCCAGUGUCCAUCUCAACUCAGGGGUCAAUUCUUCAAGAAAAUAUCAUACAGUAUUAACAAUAUGACUGACAAUCAUUUAGCUCAAUGGCUAGCUAGUGUACUUAUUGCCUGGAAACCCGACAUUGAAUUCACGACGCCAGGACAGCGGAGUCACUCACCACCUUCCGGAGACACUUGAAACCCCACCUCUUUAAGGAAUACCUGGGAUAGGAUAAAGUAAUCCUCCUACCCCCCCCCCCCAAAAAAAAAAAACAUAUUGUAAAGUGGUUAUCCCACUGGCUAUAAGGUGAGUGCACCAAUUUGCAAGUAGCUCUGGAUAAGAGCGUCUGCUAAAUGACGUAAAUGUAAAUUUAAUUCUAUGUCGGGCAGAAAUGAGCGUUUGAGUCAGGUCAGUUUCCUCUCACGACCUCAACAAGCUAGAAUGUUGAAUAAAAUUAUAUUUUAACCUACUUUAUCGGUUGUCCGUGCAGUUGGUCCUUUUGGUGGUAGGAAUGUGAGACAAUAUAUCCACAGGAAAGUAUGAUUACAUCAACUUUACAAAGAGCUGGUAGUGGGUUCAGAUUUGUAUAAUCUGAAGCAUGCACAUAACCAUGUAAGCACGAGCUCGGCAAGUAUGCAUGCAUCUCAUGCAUGUAUUUUUACCUUGUGCACAUGCUUCAGGUGAUAGAAAUCCGAAAGCACUACCAGCGCUUUAGAAAAAUUGAUGUAAUUAUAAUCCUACCGCCAAAAGGAGCAACUGCACGGACAAACAUCAACAAGUAAGUUAAAAUAUCAUUUUAUUCAACAUUCUGACUUGUAGAGGUCGUGAGAAGAAACUUUACUGAUUCCAACACACAUUUCUGCCCAACGUAGAAUUAAAUGCAAUUCGAGGUCAGGUUUCCAGGCAAGUGUAGAUAAUGGGUUUCAAUUCUAUUGUUGACCUUUGUUAAAUUGUUCAGUACACUCUUAACUUUGUUUUACAGUGCUUUUGACAUAUAGAUUCUGACAGUUCAGUUAAACCUUCCCUUUCAGGGUCCAAUGGGUCUGAUGAGGAUGCUGGUGAAAGAACUUCAUUUGAGCAGACCGCCAGAGACAAAGUGAUCACACCUAAAGACAAACAACCUGAUCAAAAUAGACCACAGCCACCUGCAGAAUCAGUAGAGGGGCUCAGUGAACAGUACAGGUCUGGCCACAGAGAGGAGAAGGGUAGUGCACUAGAGUUAGUGGUGAAGACCGAGCAAGAGGAGGAGUAUGAUGUUAUUUCACUACAUACAUCAGGAAGUGAACAUGGCACAGAAAGAUCAGAUCAUCAGGAAAUUGAGUUUUCCGUGGAUCGCCGAGAGAGUCAGCUGUGGGCGUCUGUAUCAGAGAGCAACUUAGACUCUGAGGGUCCAGAUUGCUCUUAUGGUACAGAACAAUAUACACAGGAUCUCAAUACAGACAUACAGCUUAUUGAAAGUGCUGUGGAGGGUCUCGAUAGCGAUCCAUCGUCAGAUACAGGGUACAUUAACAGACUAAUGAAAGAAGAGAUGCGAGCACAGUCUGUUUGGAAUGCCCGAAGAAGGACCCCUAUAGAUUUGGUUCAGGCACAACCAGGACAGCAGGGAGAGCAAAUCUAUGCACCCAGAGAGAAGGGAGGAUGGAACAACUACCAGAGUGCCGUCAGACAAACAAACGCGAACCAAUGA